UUGAUUGUUUAUUCAACUUUAUGACUGAUCUCUCAAGCUGCCUUUAAGCCCACGACUCUGAUCUCCCAGUUGAUGCCUCAGUCUCACCUUCAUACCUCUCUCGGUAAUCCAAGGCUCUAAUUCACAUCAAAAUCGCCGGAAAUUCACUCUAAUCCAUUCUUCACAAAUAAUCCGAUCGUCUUCCCCCGGGUCCUUGCUUCAUCAUCAGAUUCGAUCAAUCCACUCGAACCCUGUCCAAAUUCCUUUCACAUUGUUCCCUCAAUUCGAAAACUUCCGCUUCCUCAACCAUGUCUUUUGAAGAGGAGGAGGCAUUCGAGCACACCCUCCUUGUAGUCCGCGAGGUCUCGGUGUACAAGAUUCCGCCCCGAACCACGGCCGGUGGGUACAAGUGCGGCGAAUGGCUGCAAUCCGAUAAAAUAUGGUCCGGUCGGCUCAGAGUCGUAUCGUGCAAGGAUCGGUGCGAGAUCCGACUGGAGGAUCCAAACAGUGGGGAGUUAUUCGCCGCUUGUUUCGUCUACCCUGGCCAACGCGAGAACUCGGUGGAGUCCACCCUCGACUCGUCCAGGUACUUUGUCCUGAAGAUCGAGGACGGUCAGGGUAAGCACGCGUUUAUAGGUUUAGGGUUUGCGGAACGAAAUGAAGCUUUUGACUUCAAUGUGGCAUUGUCGGAUCACGACAAGUAUGUGAGAAGGGAACAUGAGAGAGAAUCCGGCGAGGCGUGCGAGGAAUCUCAUAUUGAUAUUCAUCCAGCCGUAAAUCACAGAUUGAAGGAAGGGGAAACCAUUCGGAUUAACGUGAAACCCAAACCAUCUACUGGAACUGGCAUGCUUUCGGCAGCUGGUUUAGCAGGUGGGCAUUCUGGAACUGCGAAGCCUAAAGCAUUGAGCCUUGCUCCCCCGCCAGCCGGAGCAGGAAAAAUCAGGUCUCCCCUUCCGCCCCCUCCAAAUGAUCCUGUUGCUGCUCGGAAGAUAUCUACCAGUCAGAGUACUGAUCUUAAAGGAUCGAAUGAUAGCGUGAGACAGUCUACUGAUUCUAUUUCAGAUCUUUCUCAACUAAAGAGGAACCUUCCUUCAACGGCUGCGUCAGGAUCGACUACUGCAUCAGGAUGGGCAGCCUUCUGAUUGUAUGAAGAAUUAAAAUCCCUGAAUACAUAGUUACAUACACACGUUUUUGGUUAUUUCUUGACGAGAGGCUGAAGCAGGUUGUGCCGGAAGUAAAUGAGUCUGCAUAUGGUACAAGGAACUCGAUAUAUUCAGGAAUAAAUUCCUGCCAAAUGUCCAUGACUUCCUUAAUUUCCUCGGAUUGUACUAGUUACAUACAGUAUCUAUAGAAAAGAAUGACUAUUUUUCCUUAAGCUGACUCUUACUAGGAUGUUUUCCGAAAUUCUGUUCCAAUAAGAGUGUGUUCAUGCUA